AUGUACAGAAUAGAUAUGAUUCCUCUUUUAAAGACAAAAUCCUUUUUCCGAAAGUAUUCUUCAAUUCCUACUUCAAUAAUAGUAAAAACUGGACAAGAGAUAUCACGAUUGGGUUUUGGUAGUUAUCGAAUAAAUCGGAAGGUAGAUGAAUAUCAACUCGCUCUUAAAAAAGCGAUAAACAGCGGUAUUAAUGUCAUUGAUACAAGUGCGCAUUUUGAAUCUGGUGAAUCAGAGGAAGUAAUUGGAGAUGUCCUCGAAAAGAUGAUGAAUGAAGGAUCGGUUUCCCGUAAAGAUUUAGUAGUUAUAUCUAAAGCAGGAUACUUUGAAACAAUUGACACAUCGACCAUACCGGAUACAUUUGCAAAGAUUAGUAAUAAAUCGGCGCACUCCAUUUCGCCGGAAUUUUUGCAAGAUCAGAUUAAUGGUUCUUUAUCUCGAUUAAAGCUAAAUAAAUUAGAUAUUUUUAUGCUUAAUAGCCCUGAACGAAUGUUAAAAGCAAAGAAUAAGAAUUAUUCAAUGAGCCAUUUGUAUCAAGACAUUGAACGCGCUUUCGAUUACUUGGACGAAGAAGUUUCAAUAGGUGUCAAUUUGCGUCUUCGAUUAGUAUGCUUGCUUCAUAUUCUUGACUGUCGGAGAAUCGGGGGUUAUGGGAUUUGUUCAAAUUCAAUGACCACCCCAACAACAAGUGAUUACAUAUCCCUGCCAACUAUUUUAGAAAAAAUACCUGAAUCUCGUAAACAUAAUUUUGUAGCAAUACAAGUACCUUUUAACAUCUUUGAAAGAGAUGUAAUUCAGAUAGGGUCUUCACAAAAUUGGUCGCUUGCUGAAUAUUCAAAGCAAAAUGACAUUUUUUUAUUCACUAAUCGCCCACUUAAUGCAAUUACUGGAGGGACUAUUAGACCUUUAGUGAAUAAGAGUGUUGAUUUGGAUGCCUCAAUUGAAGAAGUUUCUGACAACCUCUCUAAUAAAUUUCAAAAAUUGGGGGAAUUGGAAGUUGAACUAAAUGAAUUAUAUUUUAAAAUAUCAUCAAAAUUUAUUUGGGCUCAAAUAUUAUCUGAAAAUUUAAAUAAGUUAUCUCAAAAUUAUUUUGCUACAAAGUAUUAUUUAGAAAAACAAGUCAAACCUGAUAUAGUUAAUGAUUUAGAAUCGUUAUCGGAUAAUUUUAAGUCUAAUAGAUUUGAUAAAAAUGCUAAAAACAAUUUGCAAGAUUGGAUUACAAAAUAUCAUUCGGAAUUUCAAUCCUUAUCAACUUUACUAAUUUCUUAUGCUUAUCUAAAUUUAUUGUACAUAAAUAAUGAUUUGGAUUCAAUUAUUUCUACGGUUUCUCCGUCACUUCAGUUUGAUGAUGAAUCUCCUCAAAAGCCUUAUUCCCCUUUAUCUGUAAAAUGCAUUCGUAUUAAUUUAGCAAAUUCAUUAAUCGGUUGUACUUUAGUAGGUAUGAGGGAAUUAAACUAUGUUGAGGAUUCUAUUCUAGCAUUAAGAUUAAGCGAUAAUGAUAUUACGGUCGAAUAUUUAGAGGAAAUUUAUAACUGUUUACAAUAA